AUGAUAGACUUUCAAUUCCCAAAAAAUCUUUGUGAGCAGCUUGAUGCUAUUGUUUGUAGAUUUUGGUGGAACCCCAAAUCAAAGUCCGGUCCUUAUUGGACUCCAAUUUCUUGGUCGUCAUCAUGCAGACCCCAAAAGGAGGGAGGCUUGGGUUUCAGGAAAUUCAGGGAUUUCAACCAAGCUCUCCUUUCCAAACUUGCUUGGUGGGUGUUAUAUGGGAAAGAUUGUCUUUGCAUUGAGGUACUGAGAGCUAAGUACAAAGUUCACCACAAUUGGCUUAAUCAAGCUCCCCAUAGUAAUGCUUCUCUUGUUUGGAAAAGUCUUAUUGGCACUAAACACCUAUUAUCUGAAGUGGCUUGUUUGUUGGUGGGUAAUGGUAAGUCCAUUAGAACUUGGUCAGACCCGUGGGUCCCAAAUUUGCCAGGUUUCAUCCCAUCUCCCAAGUUUGGUGCAAAUCCUGAUCUUGCUUUGAUUGUUUCUCAACUCUUGAAUCAAGAUGGAAGUGGUUGGGAUAUUGCUAAACUUUGGCAUUUCUUUGAGGAUUCGAUGGUGGACAUUAUUAUGCAAGUACCUUUGCCUUCUUUCCUUAGUGCUGAUUGUUGGUCUUGGACCCUCACAAAUUUAGGGAAAUUCACAAUCAAAUUUGCUUACUGGUUGGGCAGAAUUUCUUCCCCUCCUUUGAUGAUGGACCUCUCCUAG